ACAUGUUCCCUGGGCCUAUCUCGGAAGGGGCCACGAUGACCCUGCAAUGCACCAAGUCAGCGGGACACUGGAAGAUGGUGGUGUGGGAUGAGGACGGCUUCCAGGGCCGGCGGCACGAAUUCACGGCUGAGUGCCCCAGUGUGCUGGAGCUUGGCUUCGAGACUGUGCGAUCUUUGAAAGUGCUGAGUGGAGCGUGGGUGGGCUUCGAGCAUGCUGGCUUCCAAGGGCAGCAGUACGUUCUGGAACGGGGCGAAUACCCGAGCUGGGAUGCCUGGGGUGGCAACACGGCCUACCCCUCUGAGAGGCUCACCUCCUUCCGGCCUGUGGCCUGUGCUAACCACCGUGACUCGAGGCUGACAAUCUUCGAGCAAGAGAACUUCCUGGGCAAGAAAGGAGAGCUGAGCGAUGACUAUCCCUCCCUCCAGGCCAUGGGAUGGGAAGGCAAUGAAGUAGGGUCCUUCCACGUCCACUCUGGGGCUUGGGUUUGCUCCCAGUUUCCGGGCUACCGUGGAUUUCAGUAUGUGCUGGAAAGCGAUCACCAUUCCGGUGACUACAAGCAUUUCCGGGAGUGGGGCUCUCACGCCCAGACCUUCCAGGUGCAGAGCAUCCGCAGGAUCCAGCAGUGAGCAGGGGCGCGGCACGGAGGAGCGCAUGUGUGCUUGUCUGCAAUGGAGGCGCUCUGGAGGCUGUGGCCUGCUCUCUCCUUCUGCCUCCCCCUGUAACCCGUGUGAACCCAGCACCCAUGUGAACCUGUCCAUGCACAGUCAGCACAAAAAACUCAAACGAAUAAAAAAUAGAAAGUCCGGUAUUA